GGUGUUGUUCAUUGUUGCUAACUCGACAUUUCUGUUCAACAUGUCUUCUUUGCAGACUCUGCUCUGUCAUUAGAAACGUCUGGAUUUUUCGUUAAACUACUGCGUUUGGUUAGCAGAAAGCUAGCGGGCCGUUGUUAGCCAGGACCCGAAAAGCAGCAUCAUCAUCAAUGGUGUGUUUACAUCACGGAGCCGUCACAUCUUCCUGUGUCCGCUCCAUGAACCAUCUCCUCAGCUCUCAUCACAGCUGCACAUGUAUGGCGUUUGCGAGGCUCGGAGGGGAGUUCUGCCAAGCCCAGCACCUGCUGCUUAUUGUGAACAGGAGAGCCAGCUAGGUGCGAACACUGCCAUUGACGUGCACAGGUCCUUACUGCCAUCCUGUUGAACCCAUAUGAAGACGAGCCAACCUUCCGCCUGUCAGCUGUCCUGGGGAGUCGGAGAGGCUUUGGCUUCAUCCCAGGAGUUUCUUCACAGCUCGUUUCCUUUCCUGAGCUUCCUUUCCUCUUCUACUUGGAUCCCUAGACGUCUUCUCUGAAUGGGAUAGGAUAUUUGAAAGAAAGGAAGGAAGGACAGACCUUUUUUCUGUCAUCAUUCUUUUCCUGGGACUUUGAGCAUCUUCUGCCCAGUCUUUUAGAUAAUAUUUUUUUGUUUACCAAGCCAAUUUUUGUUUUUCCUUCCUUGCCAAGAAUUGUUGAAUCCCCCCUCCCGAUUUUUAUAACGACGUAAGGCAUAGCAUAUUUACCUCGCCCAUAAGUCAUAAGUUUUAUUUUUUUUGUUUUGCGUUUUUUUGACCAAAUGCAAUUUAUGUUUUAGUGAAAACACUUUUUUGAAAGUUUUGAAUUUUAAACAUCCAAUCACUCCUGUCUGUCUCCAUUAUUUGAAGCACAGUUCUAUUUUUCUAUACUAAUAAACCUUUUGAGGGUGUAAAAAUGAACCGCCCUGCCCCCGUGGAGAUCUCUUACGACUGCCUGAGAUUCCUGAUAACGCACAACCCCACCAACGCACAACUGGGAAGGUUUAUAGAGGAUCUGAAGAAUUAUGGAGUUAACACCCUGGUGAGAGUGUGUGCUGCUACAUAUGACAAGACUCCGGUGGAACAAGAAGGUAUUCAUGUCCUGGAUUGGCCAUUCGACGAUGGUUCCGCCCCCCCGGACCAGCUGGUUGAUGAUUGGCUGAGCCUGCUUCAGACAAAGUUCAGGGAGGAGCCUGGCAGCUGUGUGGCUGUGCACUGUGUGGCCGGGCUGGGACGAGCUCCUGUGUUGGUGGCCCUGGCUCUAAUCGAGUGUGGGAUGGAAUAUGAAGACGCCGUGCACUUCAUCAGACUGAAGCGUCGCGGGGCUUUCAACUCCAAACAGCUGCUGUAUCUGGAAAGCUACAAACCUAAACUGUGUCUGCGCUCCAAAGACGGCAACGGACAGAGCUGCUGCAUACAGUAGGAAUCUACGAACCACUCGUCUUCACUGCUGCUUCACUUGAGACUCCUAAUGUUAAAUGGAAAAGUAAUUUGUUUGGGUAGCACAAGAGAAAAGGAGAAUUCCUGCACACUGUUGUCAUUUUAGCGAAAUUCAUUUGUAACGUUUCUGUCCUCGAUUAGGUAAAGACUCAUUUCGGCUUGUGAAAUCUAUUAAAAGCACUUUUCCCAAAUUCAAAGCACCAGAAAUGUCUGAAAGUCUUUUACGUAACAAAUGGACCUCUAUAGAGAAGGUGUUAAAUGUUUUUAUUUUUGCUUUUUGGUCUGUGAACUCACCUUAAAUGUAGCAAAUAUACACAUAUUUAGCUCAUUAAAGAGCAACUCCACAGUCAAGCAAAACUUAUUUAAACUGUGAAAUCAAGCUUACGGGACGUUAAAGUAAUAAUAUAAAUCAAAAGUUGACUCACGUUUCUGUUGUAAACAGAGUUGCUUUUAUUUGAAUUGAAACCUGGGAUCAAACGUUAUAGAUAUGUCUGUAUCAGUAGUCAAUAUGUUUCAUUUUUGUGAUGUUAAAAUGAUAUGCAGCUUGCUAUUUGUUCUAAGCUCCAACACUACAAAUAAAGAAUGAAUAGCUGGCAGUGUGUGCUCGCUGGUUUAUUGCCCAUCAAUGAUUUUUGUAUUCCAAUAUUCACUCACUGAGCAAAUCGAUUCUCCGCAGCAGAUGAUAGCAUAGAGUUAGAAAGCCUAUAACAUUAAAUACAUUUGCUAAAAGAAGAUCAGAAUAUGAAUAAGUAUGACAUAUGCUGUAUUAAUCAACAACACAAAGUACCUAUCUACUGUGGAAAGUACAUAGUUAGUCAUAGGUGCUUCUUUAGAACAGAAACAUGUUGGUUGUAAGUGUUUGACACUGUCUUUUAUAAUAUUACAAAGGCAGGAACAUUUUAAAAGGUCAGUAGGUGAAUGUAUUCAUCAAUGAACACUUGUGGUAGAUUGUCCUAUUAGCUGUGCAGGGUGAAAAACAUUUAAAAAUAAUCAAUAUACCAUUAUUUAUUGAUUGGCUAAAGUAUGCUGUUCUUUCAGUGCACAUACACAACGUUUAGAGACAAACUGUUAUGGAGUGGCAGGACAUGGGAUGUGCUAUGAGUCGCUAACAUAGAUUAUAUUGAGGGUUUCUACGUGAUAACAGUCCAGAAUUAGUGUUGAUGGAUACUGCGCUUUAUACAACAUCCUCAUGUUCUUGCAUAGAGUGGUGCAUUGAUGACGUAUUUUAGUUAGCAGGUUAGCAAGUAACGGCUCCCUCAACAAAAAGCAAUGGGAUUUUUCCAAUGGAUUUGGGAGUUUUGCAGAAAUAAACUCUGUGGCAAACAUGUUUAUAAUACUUACCUGUUUUGUUCAUCAGGAUAAUCUUCUCAUAUAAAGACUCCUUUAAGGAUUUUUGGUGGGCUAUGACCAAACUACAUCACGGUCACAUGACUUAAACUCACCGCUAAGCUAAAUGCGGCUAAUGUUCUGCGAGAUGACGUUUAGUAGUCUCAUUUAGCCACUUUUUGUUAGCAACUGUUGUUUUUAUGACGCUUUAUGAGCUUCAGUCAUGUUAACAGCAGACAUUAUUUUCGGCCUCUAACCCAAAACACGGCCAAAACAAAGGUUUGAGACGAUUGGAACCGCAGCUAAAAUGCUGACUCAUUCCUGCACCACUCUAUUGAAUACAUAAGCCGGCAUUAAAAAAAUUAAGACAACAAAUAUAUGUUAUUUUGGUGCCCCGGGGUUUUAAUGUUCACCAGUUAAAAGUACUAAUAGGACAAUCUCUUGAUCACUUUCUGUAUUCUUAUUUCAACCACCAUAGAAGAAGACAGUGGAGCCAACAUGGCCGCCCGGCUCUGUAGCUUCUUAGCUGUCUGCUCAGCUGCUGUGUCUGUAAACUGCUGUUGGGUCUUUGUGAUCAUCUUUCUGUAGGAUUUGUUUUCUUUUUUCUCUGUACCCUUUACUUAUUUGUACUUGUUAUUUAUUGAUUGAUUUUACAGUGUUUCUUUGUGAAAUGUCUGUCUGCUAGAAAAACAUCUAGUAGCUUGUUGGAAAAUAAAGUGUUUAGUAAU